AUGACCUUCCCUCCGCGGUUCCCCCUUCGCGACGCGGUAGCGCGGUUCGACUACAAGUUGGAUAACGGCAACUCCCGUCUCACGGAAGGACUCCAUAAGGAGUACCUGAGAUUACUGCUUGAAAACGGUCGUGAGCGGGAGCGAGACCGUAAACGAGGACGUCAUGGCGGCGACCGAGUUGUGCUCGGUUCCGAUGACGAUAUUGAAAUGGUGGGGCUGGAUCCGGGCGAGCUGACAUCCUCAGAGACCCGCCCUCCCAAGCGGCGGUUAGUGGCGGAAGGAGUUGCCACUCCUACCGCUAUUCUGACUUCCCAAGACCCUCGUACACCUUCAGUCAUGCAAUCCCCCACUCAGACGCCCAUCCCUGAUAUGGAGGAAAUAGUCCCCACCCUUCCUUUGCCCCUGCCCAGCGCAUCACCGGUACAGUCAGAAACGAAGCUGUCAGUGUUGGAGGGACUGUAUCUUGACCAGUUCAAUUUACCCGCCACUCAGGCCGAGCUUAUUGAUCAAAUAUCAACGUUGCUGACUUAUCUCAGUCCUCAUAAUCAAAAUCAUUUGGUCUUCCGAUUACUUCAAAAUACCCAUCGUCUGGCUCUUUGUGCAUUUGCACUGUUAAUGCAGUCACUGUUAAAAAGGGAUAUUCUCAGCAACCUUCCCGCUGAAAUCUCCCACUACAUUUUGGGUUUGGUGGACCACAAAACAUUGCUACUGUUACAACAGGUUUGUAAAAGUUGGUAUAAGCUUAUCAACAAUCCGCAAAUAUGGAUCGAUUUGCUCAUAAAGGAUAAAUUCUUUCCCAAUUAUGCCGCUGUUGACGUUGAACUUAAUGACCCCCUUUUGGUAAGCCAAUGGUCUGAGGAUCCGCGUGACAUAUCAAGUGCCCAAAUCCUAUACAAGAAGCGUUGUAUCAUCUUCAACCGGUGGAUGGAUCCCUCGUAUGAACCUCGGCGGAUAAGCGUCAAAGGACACGGCAAUAAAGUGGUCACCUGUUUACAACAUGACGACGAAAAGAUCAUUACUGGUGUCGACGACAAAAUCAUCAAUAUUUACUGCACCAAGACUGGUCGAUUAUUGAGGGUUCUCGAAGGCCAUGAAAGUGGCGUGUGGGCUCUCAAAUACACUGGUGACACUUUAGUAACUGGUUCAACUGAUCGCACUGCACGUGUGUGGAAUAUCAAAACUGGAAAAUGCACCCACAUUUUUCGAGGACACACUCUGACUAUUCGGUGUCUUGACAUAAUACAUCCGACUGUUAUUGGCAAGGAUGACCGCGGUGAGGAUAUUAUAUUCCCUCACUUCCCCAUUCUCGUGACUGGCUCACGCGAUAUGAACAUCCAUGUUUGGCGGUUACCUCUCUGCGAUAACUCUGUUCCGGAUAACGAUACCCCCACUUUUGACCUGCACGAAAGCAAUAACCCAUACCUUAUCCUGGUGCUCAUGGGUCACACUAAACUGGUGAGACUGGUCCUGGGCAAGGGCAAUCUUAUCAUUCUGGGUUCUUACGAUCUGACGGUGAGAGUCUGGGACUUGAUGGAUAACGGAAGAUGUGUUCAUGUCCUCACAGGCCAUACCGAAAGAGUCUACUCAACAGCGCUUGACUUUGAGCUGAAGAUAUGCUUCUCAGGACUGAUGGAUAACACAAUCAACGUGUGGAACAUUGAGACUGGACGUCUACUCAAAACCUUGGAAGGCCAUCAACAGCUUGUGGGGUUACUUGAUCUCGUCGAUGGAGUCCUUGUGCUGGCUGCGGCAGAUUCUACCCUAAUUGUUUGGAAUCUGAAAACAUUCGAAAUGAAGGCCCGACUUGAAGGUCACAACCUGGCGAUUACAUGUUUCCAACAUGAUGGGUUGCGCGUGGUAAGUGGGCUGCUGCAUAUGCUUAAGUUAUGGGAUGUUAAAGCCGGUAAGUUUGCUCGAGAUCUUUUACGUGGUGUCAACGGUGGCAUUUGGCAAGUUCGUAUUGACCAAAAUCGUUGCGUCGCCGCAGUUCAAAGAAUCAGCACUGUAAGCAGUGACGAGACUCAAGAAGAAACCUACAUUGAAAUUUUGGACUUCUCGGCACCUCCCAAAAGAGAUGUCCAAGUACUUUCUUAG